AUGGAACAGUCUGGUUUACCCGCCGACUCCUCUCCGAUAACACCUGAGCAACAACCAGACACGAUCAAGAUGGAAGAUAUCCGGCAGGAGAGCGAAGAGAAAGAUGAGAAAAAGAACUCUGGAUCCCUCAAAGAUUAUUUUAGGAUUCUCUCAUAUACCACCACAAAGGACCGUAUGGUUCUCGCGGUUGCUGUUGCAUCUUCCAUAGCUUCUGGUGCGCCUCUGCCAAUCAUGAACAUCGUAUUCGGUGGACUGGUAGGAAAAUUUACGACAUAUUUCACUGCCGGGACAUCGACCACUGAAGCCGAAUUCAAAGCAGCUGUGAGUCGGCAGAGUCUUUACAUAGUUUACCUUUUCAUCGCAAAAUUCGUCUUGACAUACUUCUCUAUGUACUGUUUCCGGGUUAUUAGUCUGCGAGUCUCGGCAUCUCUGCGAUUGGCGUACAUGACUUCGCUAUUUUCUCAACCCAUCAGCAAACUGGAUCAAGUCUCAGUUGGCACAGUUGUCAAUGCAAUCACCAGUCUCUCUAAUUCGAUCCAGCAGAGCAUCUCUGACAAGCUAGCCGUUCUCUUCCAGUCUAUUUCUCUUUUGAUCGCCGCAUAUGUGAUUGCCUUCACAUAUUCCUGGGCCCUCACACUGGCCAUUAGCUCAUGUAUUCUGUUCAUUCUCAUCGUCUGCAGUGUGACGUUGCCGGCGAUUACCAAGAUCCAAGCGAAGGUGGAUAAGGCAGAUGAGAUGCACUCGGGAGUUGCAGCUGAAGUUUUUACUUCAAUCCGGACUGUUAUUUCUCUCGGAGCUGAGACCUCUCUCGCCAAGAAGUACGGAGAAUGGGUUGAAGAAUCUCGGAAAAGAGGCCGUAGCCUGGCCAUCGUAUUGGGCAUUCAGUUCAGUCUUAUUUUCUUUGCCAUGUACAUCAGCUACUCAUUGGCAUUCUGGCUAGGCUUGAAGCUUUACCGAGAGGGUCACAUUGCAGACAUCAACACGGUCAUUAUCGUGUUUUUCUCAAUUAUGGUUGCAGUGACAGUUCUCGGAAAUAUUGCAACACCUUUGGUGAUGGUAUUCAAAGCGGCUGGGGCAUCGGUCUCGUUUUUCGAAAUAAUUGAUUCACCCAGACUUGUCGCAAGUGGAGUUCAUGACCAAGAAGCCUUAGAACAAGGUGAUAUUACCUUUCAGUGGGUGGAUUUUACAUAUCCAUCGCGACCAGAGAGCAAAAUUCUCCACAAAAUGGAGGUUCGGUUCGAAAGGGGCAAGACUACUGCGUUGGUGGGUCCUUCGGGAUCUGGGAAAAGUACGAUAGUGGCUCUGCUAGAAAGAUGGUACGCCCCUGAAGAAGGAGGUAUCUUUUUGGGCGAACGAAACAUCGAAGAAUUGGACCUCAAAUGGUGGAGAUCCCAGAUCGGUCUUGUGCAGCAAGAGCCGUUCCUUUUCAAUGACACCAUUUUCAAAAACGUCUCGUAUGGUCUUGUUGGUACCAAGUGGGAGCACGAGCCCGAUUCAGUCAAAGCUGAGCUGGUGGAGAAUGCAUGCAAGGAAGCAUUCGCGGACGAAUUUAUUGAUCGGCUUCCUGAUGGCUACGCGACCAUUGUCGGAGAGAAUGGCACCAAGUUGAGUGGUGGCCAGAAACAGCGUUUAGCCAUAGCGCGGAGCAUUGUGAAAGAGCCGACUAUUUUGAUUCUGGAUGAGGCUACCAGCGCAAUUGAUGUCCGUGGAGAGAAGAUCGUUCAAGCAGCCCUCGAUCGAGUUUCCAAAAAUCGCACCACGAUCGUAAUCGCGCAUAGACUGUCUACCGUUCGACGGGCCGAUCGUAUCAUUGUGUUGAGGGGAGGUGUUAACUUUGAAACUGGAAUGCACGAGGAACUUCUUGAUAUGGAAAAUGGACUGUAUCGUAGUCUUGUCCAUGCGCAGAAACUGGAUAUUGCGGCAGACGAAGAACAUGACCUCGAGGAGGUAGAAGCGGCCUUAGAGAAAGGCCCUGAUUCUUUCACAGCUGAUAAUCCUUGCGAACCUGAAAGCGAGAAAACCGGCAAGGUCAAAAACCGUGGCUUCUUUACAAGUACUUGGGUCUUUCUUUACGAGAUACGCUCUCAUUGGGUACUUUGCCUACUCACUUUACUGGGAGUACUUGGUGCCGGAGCUGCUUUUCCACUACAGAGCUGGCUUUUUGCCAACCUAAUUGAUGCAUUCCGUCUUACGGGAAAGGAACUCAGCCAUGCUGCCAAUUUUUGGGCCUUGUGGUUCUUCAUUCUGGCACUUGGCAUUGCCGCCUGUUAUGGCAUGAUUGGAUACGCGGCCCUCACAUUGUCUAAUGAAAUUGCUGCCUUGUGCCGAAGAGAAUAUUUCGAAAACAUUCUCCGCCAGUCUGUUCCAUUCUAUGAUUUGAAAGACAACGCAUCCGGCUCCCUGGUUUCGCGUCUCGCCACAGAUCCCAAGCAGAUUCAAGAGCUACUUGGUCUGAAUGGCGUCUUCCCGGUCAUCUCACUCUGCAGCAUGUUCGAAGCCAUGAAUGCGAAGGUAUAUUCAGGUAGUUCUCAAUUUGCAGCAGAAGCUAUCGAAGCGUUCCGUACGGUUUCUGCGUUAACCAUGGAAAACCAGAUUCUGGAUCGAUAUUCAGAGCUUUUAAUGGAGCAGCAGCGCAAUGCUUUCCGAAAAGCUCUACCAGCAACCUUCAUUUUUGCUUUCUCCGACAGCGUGGAGUUUUGCGCCAUGGCGCUGACAUUUUGGUAUGGUGGUCAACUUCUUGCGUCUAGAGAGUAUCAGCCCACCGCAUUCUUCGUUGUGUAUAUGUCAAUCAUCAUUGGUGGGCAGCAAGCAGGGCAAUUCCUGAGCUUCGGACCCAAUAUUGCUCAGGCUACUGCUUCUGCAAACCGCAUCCUGAACUUCCGACCCACUUCUACCGAAACUCCAGCUUCUGCCGGAACAGUUGCGGUGAAAGAAUCUGGAUAUACUGGUGCUGAGAUCCAUUUUAAAAAUGUCGCAUUCAAGUAUGCCUCCCAAAACGUUCCCCUUUUCACUGGCCUCAAUGUCACCAUUGGAAGUGGCCAGUUUGUUGCGUUUGUGGGAGCUUCGGGAUGCGGCAAAACAAGCAUGAUAUCGUUACUUGAGCGGUUCUAUAAUCCGUUCCGAGGCACCAUUACAAUUAACGGUCAAGAUAUUGCCAGCCUCGACCCGGCUUUAUACCGGCGAUCUUUAUCACUGGUAGCUCAAGAGCCCCGGCUGUUUGAAGGCACGAUUCGCGAUAAUAUCACCAUCGGACUUGAAGAUUCCGAAUAUAGCGAAGAACAACUGAUAAAAGCAUGCUCGGACGCGGAGAUUCAUGAAUUUGUGAUGUCUCUUCCAGAGGGAUACUCCACACAUCUGGGAAUCAAAGCCCAAGCUGCUCUCAGUGGUGGACAGCGACAACGCAUUUGCAUUGCCCGUGCACUUUUGCGAAGACCCUCUCUUCUCCUUUUAGAUGAGGCGACGUCCAGUCUUGACUCAAACUCUGAGAAGCUAGUCCAAGCUGCUCUUGAACGACUAGCCGAGAGAAGGAGUAUGACGAUCGUUGCAGUCGCACACAGACUAGCGACUAUCCAGAAGGCGGAUGUGAUAUUUGUUUUCGGGGAGAGUGAGAGUGGAAAGGGCUCGCGUCUUGUGGAGAAAGGAACCCACCAGGAGUUACUCCGCAAUAGAGAGACAUACUGGCAAAUGUGUCAGGCAAAUGGGCUGGAUAGAUAA